GUCUCGCUCCGCUUGGCCUUUUCUCUCUCAUCUUCGAGUUGCUGCUGAAUCUCCUGGAUCUUGAUUGCCGUCGCCUUCUCGUGUUUGCGCAGCUAUUCGGCCGCCUCCCUCUCCCUGGCCGCCUUGGCGUCCUCGAUCCGGCGCUCGACGUCACGCUGGAAGUGGGCAUUCUCCAGGCGUUUCAGGUGCUCUGUGGCUAGCUUUGUCAGCUCCACGAGACGCUGGCUCUCCCGCAGGGCAGUCUGCUGGAAGGAAGCUACAUCCUCGGGUGACUUGAGGGCGUGGAGCUUGGCCUUGGUCAAUCUGAAAGACAAAGGAAGGGACCGUGAUGUGUCUGUGUCUCUCUGUGUCUCCGUGUAUUUGUGUGUAGUGCAUCGCGAGCAGCUGUCAUCUACCGGCUUUCUUCGCGUUGUUUGAGCUCGCUGUUCUGGUCACUUAGACCACAGAGCCGCAUCGCGGUCACCUCGCGGCGUGUCACAGCUUUCCCAACCUCACAGGCCAGCCUGAAGCAGCAGCGUGCAGUCAAUGCAAGGAAAGAGCACGUGAUCAUUGAGUCGCUCACCUGGCGAUGUCCUGAUUGAUAUUCUCCAGCUUUUGCGAGGCCAUCGCGCACUGGUCAGGGAUGUCAAGAUCGCUGCUCUCCAGGUCCUCAAGCCACGCGACGGGAACGGCUGCAGCCGGCUGGAUGGAUGGCGGACGGAUGACAGGGGAGGGAGUCCGAGCUGCAGGACCAGCUGAUGUCGCGUUGGCUGCAUUGGGGCCCUUGGUGAGGUGCAGAGCUCGCUGCAAGCACUCGCCGAUGACUGACUGCAGUUCAUUGUAGCGGCCGUCUAUAACGCUCUGGAACAGCUUGACGUCGUCAGCGGAGGCCUUGAGGGCCAGCUCGUCAACACUUAGGCUGAAUGAAGGCAUAAAAGGAGCAUUGAUGUGUGUGGGAUUGGUGUGGGCCCAUGUCUCGUGCGUGUGUGUACAUGGGAUUGGCCAUCUCGAGUUGCUCGUUUUCUUGGAUCAGCCGCUGCUCCUUGGCUUCAGCCUCGUCAGCCAUGCCCACCUCUAUUUCCAACUUGCGCUCCAGCCUGAGUGAUAAAUACACUCAGCCUCUCGGUGAGGAAGGCUUUGAUUGUCAUGCAUUCCUACCCCUUCUUCUGCGACUCGGCUGCGAUGGCAUCCGCUUUGAUGGCAUCCCAUUGAUUCGCGGCCGCCUGCAUCGAUGCGACGAUCGCCUUCUGCUCAUCAGCAGCAGCGCUGCAGACAGACAAAUGAGCAUACGCGUGCCGGGUGUUCGGAAAUAAAAGGUCAAUCCUUACUUGCCAGAACGGAAGGUGCCAGAACGGGCCGACUCGGGAUGGAAAGAAGACCUGAAAGGAAAGAAACGGCAGACGUGGAACAGCCAGAUGAUCCCGGCCACAGAUCAUGAGCUGUUUGCUGCUCUAUCUAUGGUUACGAGCUUGAGGGCUGCAUCGAUGGCACAUCCUCAUCGGCCAGUCUUUUGUUCUUCUUCUUGCCUCUCCUGGUCUUGCGCCAUCGCGACUGGCUACCAGGCAGCCUGGAAACGACAAGAAAGAGCUGGCUGUAGAGUCCUCUUGCAGCCAAUCAAUGCCUUACUCGUCCGCGACAGUUGCGUCCCUAGAAGGGCUGCUAGGUGACUCAUCCUCGCACAUGUCGCCGCGGCAUUCCUCGCUUCCUUUCUCUCCCGCGUUAGGUGGACAGUGCGGCGACGCAUCCUCCGGCCCCCUGUUUUUUCCAUACCCUCUCUAACCUUGCGGCUCUCUUUGCGAGCGACGUCAAGAGCCGUCAAACCCCAAUCGUUGACAACCUCGGGGUCGACUCCUCGUUUAAGCAACCACCCGAUCAUGCCAGACCAGCCAUAACGAGCCGCGAGGUGAAGCAGCGAGUUGCCCUUGUGGUCUCGGCAGUGCAGACUGAGGAUGGGCCCCUGUCUCCUCCCUCCCCUUUUCUUGCCGGUGCCGCGCGUCAGUCCUCGCGCCUCCAGGACGUCGAGGACGGCCACUGCACGUGACUGCAUCCUCUGGUUGUCGAAGGUUCCUGGUCCAGUCUCAACCGUUAUGGGGAUGGGAUUCUUCUUGCUGCCAAAGGGCUCGUCAUCGCCCUCAUCUUUCUGCUGAUCUUCUGGGUGGGAAGUGCCACCCUUGUCGGGGCACUUGCCCUUGCUGGCGGCGUUCUUCCGCCCAUUCCUUUUGCUCUGGGGACCUGCACCGCAUAGGGAGACACGAAGUGCCUAUCUGCGCAUCGAUGGUGGUCGAUUGACUGACUUGUGUGCACUAAUUCGAUUGCUGACCUUCUGAGUCCUUUUUGCGGUAUUUUGGUACCACUAAGGGCGCCCCGAUGCAAAUGAGCUGCAGAAGGUUCAAACUAUCGGCCGAAGACCGGACCCCUGAUCGAUUCAUCAUGGAAUCACUAGUGGAAUGCGUGUGGUGAAACGGACACGUUUCAUUUGCGCGUACCUUUGGAUUGCGGAGAUGCAGAUGCUGCCUGCACCUCAAAGCGGUCUGUGGGAUCGACCUGCGGCAACUCCAAGAGAUAAUCCAGAAUCUCUGCGGACUGCCACAUGGCGGCAGCGGCUGAACAGCAACAGAUGAUACAACGUACUAGGUUAUUAAUUCGCGGGACAUUCUCGUAGAUACCGACGGCGGUUGUUUCCAAGCGCAACUUAGUCGAGCGCUGAUCCACCGUAUGCUUCUCGUUGACGUUAGCGUUCCACUCGACCAACGUCUGCACGCCAGCAGCCAUCCAAUCGUAUUUGUCCACCCCUUUGUACGGUAUGCGAAGGUCACCUUGACGACAUUUAGGACAGAGUGAGCAGGCAGAUACUCGCAGGGCGAUCUCGAAAUCGCCUGGAUCAAUAUGGGCGCCCCGGAGUGCAGCAUCGAAUCUGUCACGUUAAGGCAUGGAGAACAAGCAAGUGAAGGCCAGCCACGCACCAGCCCCCUCCGUCUUACAGAUAUCGACAAAAGGCUCGCCCUCGAAGCACUCGGCAUGACGAGGGCAGAGCUCAGACCAGCUGAGGACCGUGCCAUACCGCGUUCGUAUCUGCCCGACGAAGAGCUCCUCAUACGCAUUUCUCCAGACUGCUGGGCUGAUGAGCUUCUCCUGCAGCAGGGCCUCGAGCGAAUGGAAGGACGCAUUCACGACACACGAAUGAAGGGCUUGCUUGAAGAGGACGCCGUCCAUGAAGGAGAGACGGGGGAUGAACGGCUUGGGCAACGCAGAAGCGAGAAGCGCAUGGUCUUCUACCAAGUCGAGCUCGUCGACAGGCGUGCGCUGCUCUUGUGGGGCCAAUUGAUCGUACGCGCACAGCUCUCUCAUUGCCCUCGCCAUUGCUUUCGUUUUCCCCUCUUCACAGUAGGCAGCGGCACCGGCGCGCUUUUCUCUCUCCUCGCUGAGAAUGCGCCUGUACAGCCUCUGCAUCUGCUCCCGCGUCGGCGUGGAAUAGGAAGACGCCUUCUUUGAUCGUGCAGCGGGCUUGCCAUCGCCAAGAAAGACAUCUCUCACGGUCUCCCGCAGCUCUUUGACCUCUUUUCGGUCUGUCUCUGGUGCCGGCAGAAGCGUUCGAUUGUCUUGAUCGAUGUGGAACCAGUAGAAUGUGCUGCCUUGAAGAGCCUUGUCCACGAGCGUCUUGAAGCAGUCGACCUCGACCAUAUCCUCAGCUCCACUGUCCAAGUACACGAACUUGCGGCUGUCUCCUUCGUGAAUCUCUCCAAGUGCAUCGCAAAGCAGGUUGACCGCCCCGUUGGGCUCUUUCGCCUCUUCGGCUUUCAAUAUUGAGACUGACACGUCAAGGACUUUUGGUGGAAAAGACAUAGUCCUCCACGAGGCACUGCAAGAAGCAAUGAAGGUGCUGAAGAGGAGAUGUGUCUACACUUACUUGUCUUUGUGGCCGUGUCUGUUCCAAGAAAUGUCUCCAACUACGAGGCUCAGCUCGGCGGGCUCAUCUUGACGAUCUGGAUGUACCGACACCGCGACAAGCACAUCGUACAAUCGACAAUGCGUGACGAGCGAUCGCAUGCACGCUGCUUCCGGGUUUCCGCGUACCUGCGUCGCUCCCUCCAUCGUUUGCCUCCCCAGCAGGGGGCGACUGUGGUGCUGCUCCUUCCCCUGCGACACUGCCCGGCAUCAUCGACGCCUGAGCCUCAGGACGCCCUCCCUCUAAAGACCGUUCAUCAGGCUCCUGACAGACAUGAAGGAUCUUGUGUCCCGCCUACGCAGAGCAUUCUUUUGCCUACCUCGUGGUUGUUCUCGCCAGAGCGAGUCGGUUCCUCCAUCGUCGCGCGCGAGGAGAAGCGAGCAAGAAGCGAGAGAAUCGCA